GGGAGUCGAGUUAGUCGGUACCAAGGCAGCUCAGAGUGAUAACACACACACACACUCCGCGAGGAGACCACGUGAAGAAGGUCAACGACCAUAAAUACAAAUCUCCAUCGCUGUACAGAGGGUGAGGUUCGAACGCCAGGAUGGUGAAGUUCGAGGGUACUUACAAACACGACAAGGAUGACAACUUAGAAGCCGUUUUCGCCAAGAUGGGCAUGAACUUUUUCAUCCGGAAACUAGCAGUGAGAAGCAAGCCAACGGUGGACAUUCACGUGAACGAUGACAGUUGGACCAUCACCACCACGCUUCCCAUUAAGACACUCACGUGGAAUUUCAAGAUGGGACAGAACGUGGCAGUAGACGGGCCAGAGGGAUUGGUCGAGUCUGUGUUUACCCUAAAUGGCGAUACAAUGAUGCAAACGCCUGUGGACUUAGCAAACGACAAAGCUAUAAUGAUCGAGAGGCUUUUCACUGAAGAAGGGAUGGUGCAGACGAUGACCCACAAACCAUCCGGAACGGUGGCCAAAAGGUGGUUUGUGAGAGCAUGAAAUCUUCAACUCUGGA